AUGUCCUAUUGGAUAUCGAAUUUUUAUCCCGAUCGGUUGAGAACUGAUUACAUUCAUCUUUGUCUUGAGAAUAUCAUGAAUCAAAUUAGUCAAGUAAUCGAUCAACCGAUCAUUCCAGAACGAGCACCGGAUCCCGGCAAAGCUAAUUUUCAUUUCGUAUUUUUUGAUUAUACAAAAUGUCCAACAGACUCUGGAUCGGGCGCUACUGUUGACGGUGUUCAAGCUCUCGAAAAACUUUAUAUCUAUUCGAAAAAUCUAACACGCGAAAAUCGAUAUCGUGCUCACGGAGGAAUUCAUAUCGAAGAAGAUGAUUCACUUAUUUCCGAAAUCAAAUUUAAUAUGCAGCAAACAUUCCUCGAAGUAGCUGACUGGAUUUACGAUCCAGUCGUUUACACAUGUAAUGAUGAAGAAAAUCUAUGCGACAUAGAUGCGCACUACGUUCUAUUUCACGAAACAUUGCAUGGAUUUGGUAUCGAAGUAGAAUUAUUCUGCAGAUUUGUCUUCUAA